AAAUGGUCCCAGCGUUCUUAAUCCAUCCUUGGUAACUGAAGUCCCUGAGCCCUGGAACCACUCUCAUAAGUCUUUUCUGGAUCCUCUUGAAUGACCACAUCCUUCCUAUAGUGACACAAUCAAAAUUGAACACAAUACUUCAGGGAACACUGUAAGUAACCUGAUUAUGAUUCUACCUCCUAUCUAUGGUGCGAUUCAGACUUUAAGAGAUGGCCUCGAAACUCGAUACUUGGCUGCAUUUUUGGGCCUUGCAGCUGUGGGAAUAGGGUCGUGGUGCUUCCACAUGACACUGAAAUAUGAAAUGCAGUUGUUGGAUGAACUUCCCAUGAUCUACAGCUGCUGUAUAUUUGUCUACUGCCUGUACGAAUGCUUCAAACACAAGAACACGCGCAACUACCUUCUAGCUUUUAUUCUGGUACUAUUCAGUGGUAUAGUGACCAUAGUAUAUCUCCAGUGGAAGGAGCCAGUGUUUCACCAGGUUAUGUAUGGUUUUCUAGUUGGCUGCCUAGUCCUACGAUCAAUAUAUAUUGUCACAUGGGUCCACCCAUGGCUGAGGCCUCUUGCCUAUACAUCCCUAGGUGUAUUCAUGCUGGGCUUUAUUCUCUGGAAUGUAGACAACAUCUUAUGUGAUAAUUUGAGGGAGAUCAGGCAAAAGGUACCGUUCCAUCUCCUUGGUGCCUUGACACAAUUUCACGCAUGGUGGCACAUUCUAACAGGCCUAGGCUCUUACCUGCACAUUCUCUUCAGUAUGUACACAAGAACUUUAUAUUUGAAAUACAGGCCUAAAGUGAAGUUUUUGCUCGGUGUUUGGCCUGUUAUUUGGGUGGAGACACCUCCUAAGAAGCACUAAAGAUAUCGAAAGUCAAAACCUCUUGGGAGAAGUCAAGCUGCACCUCAGGCCUGGGAGUCGACUUGCCCGAUUCUGUGGAGUUGGUGUUUUGUGAGUGAAAGGUUUCAACAGAAUCAUGAAGAGAAGAAACAGACAGAUAUUUCCGAUCAUGCCGAGUUUUUUGUAUUUAUUUUUGUAAAGCACUGCCAGGUGUGGUGGAACUAAAUGGGAAGUUAUUAUGUAAUGUGGGUAGGCAAGGGAUACUGCAGCUUGUAUUAUGAUUGCAAGGUUUUUGUUAACACCUCAGAUAACCAACUAAAUCCAAGAGCAGCUAACGUUCUUUUGGACUUUUGCGUAUGUGGCCAAAAUAUUGAACAAAUAUUAGAAACUAAUUGCUCUUUAUAGCGUUUCUUUUUUUUUUAAGUUUGGCUCUUGUUUCACAAUGUUGCCCACCUGGUUUAAAGAAGUUGCUUCUUGUAGACGCUAUCCCCGAACUCUCAACACGAGAGGUGAGUGAGCAAAAGGUUUAAGCACAAGCAUUGAACAAGGGCUGAGUUGCAGGGGUUGGUGGGUGGCUGGUCAGGGAGAGGGUAUAUCCAGGAGUGGGUGUUGGGAGAGGUGGGGUGAACAUUGUGGGGGGUGCCAGGGUUAUUCUUGGCCGUUCUUCCUCUUUGUUUGUUGCUUGCUCCCUCUGCCUCUGCUCUUGUUACUGCCAGUGCUGCUACUCUCUACAAGUUGCUGAGAUGUUUGGUUUGGUGUGGGGGGGGGGGGGGGGGGGGGGGGG